GAAGGUUGCACAAUGGUGUGUUACAUGACCUGACUGAAAAGGUUUUGCUGGGCAAAACUUCAGUUUCGUAGUGUUGAGUAAGAUGACCGGUUGUCCAUUAUGUCUACAGCAGCAGUCUUUGCCCGUCUGACACGAGUGGCUUUGAGUCGAGGAACAUUUAUUCAUAGCGGUGCAACGACCGUGAGACUCCACAGUGUGCGGUCUCUAGCUCUGAGCUCUCAGCUGUCGUGCAAGUCCAAACAAUCUGCUGAUGAUGAGGAGGUGAAGAGCGAGCCCAUUAAGUUCUCAACCAGCAAAGCCAGCCACAGGACCUGGAGAGUUGACCGCUCAAUGGGGAGCCAGUACGAGCGUCCUAUGUGGAAAGUUGUGCCCAUCAGCCUGCUUGCCACCGCCUUCCUGUUGUGGUGCGCUUUCAGGGAUGAGACGGACAUUGACGCAGCUCUGGAGAAGCAGCUGCAUGAGCAUGUACCCAGCGUGCUUUCAAAUGAAGAGGAUACAGUUAAAAAAUAAAGGCGCUUAUUGGAAUAUGCGGGCAGGUUUUAUAUCAGGUUGUAUUUAUUGUGAAUUGUACUAUGUGGACCUGGAACACAAAGUCAAUGCUUUGUGUGGAAAUAAGGCCGUCCAUUGAUACAUGAAUGUCACAAAUAUUCCAAUAACUACAGGUUAUUAGUUCAAACCUAGACUAAGAGGCCUCAGUUCAACUCAUUCAUCCUGGAGUCUAGGUUAACUCAGUUUUCAUCAGGGUCUGGUUUACUCUACAGCUGUUGCAGCUGUUUACUUGUGAGUUUUUUACAUGAUGCUGUACGUCUUGAGUUUAAGAGCUUACAUUAAUUGGGAAAUACAAUACUUACAAUGUCAAUAAACUUGAACAAAAGGCA